AUGCCGGAGAGGGUGGCGCCGCUGGACAUGGCGGCGGUGCAGGUGCCGUGGCACUUCCGGUGCCCCAUCUCGCUGGAGCUGAUGAGGGACCCCGUCACCGUCGCCACCGGACAGACCUACGACCGGAUGAGCAUCGAGUCCUGGAUCGCCGCCGGCAACUCCACCUGCCCCGUCACUCGCUCCCCCUUGCCGGAGCUCUCCCUCAUCCCCAACCACACCCUCCGCCGCCUCAUCCAAGACUGGUGCGUCGCCCACCGCUCCCUCGGCGUGGAGCGGAUCCCCACCCCGAAGCAGCCCGCCGAGCCCGCCGCCGUCCGCUGCCUCCUCUCGCAGGCGGAGUCGCCGUCCUCCGCCGAGCCCGCCCGGGUCGCCGCCCUCCGCCGCCUCCGCUCCCUGGCCGGCGACUCCGAUGGCAACCGCGCGGUGAUUUCCACGCCGGAGAAUCGGGCCUCCCUGUUGUCCCUCUCCUUCCGGGGAGCCCCGCCGUCGAGCUGCCCCGCCGGCGGGUCCGCCGUGGCGGUGGAGGCCCUCUCGGUGGUGGCGAUGCUGCCGCUCUCGGAGCAGGACAGCGCUUCCGUGGCCGGCAGCGCCGAGCGGUUGUCUUGGCUGUCGGCGCUGCUCUCGUUCCACCCCUCGGCGGAGACUCGGGCCGACGCUGCCGCCGUGGUGGAGGCCGUCUCCGCCGGGACGAAGUCGCCGGAGCUGCGCGCCACCAUUGGCAGCGCCGGGGGGAUGAUGGAAGGCCUGGUUCGGAUGCUGGGCAGAGACCGUCGCAGUACCAAGAGGGCGAUCAAGGCAGCCAUCAGAGCUCUCUUCUCGCUCUGCCUGGUAAAGCAGAACAGGGAGCGAGCGGCGCCGCUCGGCGCCGCCAAGUACCUGGUCGACAGGGUGGCCUCCGGCGAGCUGGACCGCGGUGACAUGGAGCGCGCGCUCGCCACAGUGGAGCUGCUUUGCCGGGUGGACCGGGCCCGCGAGGCGCUGGCGGCCCACGGCGGGGUGGUGGCCGCGCUGGUGAAGGUGCUGGCCGUGAAGGUCUCCGACCGGGCAGCGGAGCACGCGGCGGGGACGCUGGCGGCACUGUGUGGGGCGUCGGAGGCGCUGCAGCGGGAGGCGGUGGCCGGAGGGGUCCUCACGCGGCUACUGCUGAUGGUGCAGAGCGACUGCUCGGAGCGAGCAAAGAGGAAGGCGCAACUGCUGCUGAAGCUCCUGCGAGCGGCCUGGCCGGCCGGCGACUCCCUCGCCAUUUCCGACGACUUCCAGGUUCAUCCCUCCGCCGGCGCCGUGCCCACCGCAUCCUUUCUCUGCUAG